CGUCGAGCUGGCUAAGACACCGGGUACGCAUGUAAUAUAAGCCUAGCGCUGGGCAACAUCUUUCCGUCUGUCCCCUUCUCUCGCUCUUACCUAGCAGGAUGAUGGGCGCUUUCGCACAACUUGCCCUCGCGCUUCUCGCGGGGACCGCACUGGCCACACCCGUUGGCACCCAGCGUCCAGGCCAUCACAAACGUUGGGGGACUUGCUGGGGAUCCAAUCCCCAGGGAUGUCCGUUUGGCGAUGUUGGAAGCCAUGGCGCUGUCGUGACGGAAGUCGGGACUUGCUCAGCCAUCGGCGUGGAGAUCAUGAAACAAGGCGGCAACGCUGCAGAUGCAAUCAUCGCAUCCGCGUUAUGCGUUGGAGUCAUCGGCGGUUUCCACUCAGGUCUCGGAGGUGGAGGCUUCAUGGUAAUCCGCUACAAUAAGGAUGAUGGCACCCAUGGCUAUGAGCAAAUCGACUUUCGUGAGACCAUGCCCGCGGCCGGCAACGAGACGAUGUACACCCAGUAUGGUACGAACCAGACCAAGUCGACAGUUGGUGGGCUUGCAGUAGGGGUUCCCGGUGAACUUCGUGCUUGGAAACUUCUCCACGAUAGACAUGGCUCACUUCCAUGGGUGAAGCUCUUUGAGCCAACUAUCAGCGUUGCGCGCAAUGGUUACCCGGUCAACUAUGAUCUCGCUGGGUUCCUGGCAGGCCGUGACUGGAUCCUCGACAACGAGCAUUGGUCCAAGGUCUUCGCGCCCCAAGGCACGCUCCUCAAGGAGGGCGACACAGUGUAUUGGCAUUCGAUUGCCAACACGCUCGAAAGAAUCGCUCACGAUGGCCCCGACAUCUUCUAUCAAAACUCCGACAUCGCUGACAACAUCAUCUCGGCAAUCCAAUCGACAGGGGGAAUUAUGACCCACGAGGAUCUUGCUAGCUACCAGCCUAUUGUCCGCGAAGCUGCGAGCAUCUCGUACCGUGGCAAACGAAUCUAUUCAACCACAGCUCCAAGCUCGGGGGCAAUCGUCCUGUCGACAUUGAAGAUAUUUGAGGGACUGCAGCACGCUGAGCAAUCUCACCAAGCAAUCCAGGCACUUGUUGAGGCCAACAAAUUCGGCUACGGCCAGCGCGCGACGCUUGGGGACCCCGCAUUCACCACUAACGUUUCCUCUCUGGAGGCCUCCUACCUCACAGAGACAGUUGCUGGCGCUGCCCGGGCACUGAUCUCGGGGAACUCGACACAUCCUGGAACGUAUUACAAUCCCUCUAACUAUGCUCCUGCGUCGAGGGAGGGUGGGACGAGCCACCUUGCAGCUGUUGAUAGCGGCGGGAUGGCAAUUAGCCUGACCACCACGAUCAAUCUUAUCUGGGGGUCGCGAGUUAUGACCGCGGACGGCAUUAUUCUGAACAAUGAGAUGGACGACUUCAGUUCCCCAGGCUCUGUCAACGCUUUCGGUUUCGCUGCGAAUCCGAUCAACUUUAUCCAGCCCGGUAAGCGCCCACAGUCAAGCAUCGCUUCCAGCCUUGUCGAAGACGAAAACGGGCGGCUGGUCAUGGCGACCGGAUCAGCAGGCGGUUCGCGAAUCAUCACCGCCACGUUGCAAGAGUUGUACAACCAUAUCGACCUCGGCCUGAAUGCUUCCGAGUGCACGAGCCACGCGCGGUGGCAUGAUCAGCUUUCAGGCAUCACGUACUUCGACUGGCCCGACCCGGACAGACCCAUCCCUCUAGCCGGGUACAGCAACGAAACGGUCGACUUCUUCAAAGACCUCGGCUACAAUGUGUCAUAUCAAAGCCCCUAUUCCACCUCGACCUCGCAUGUCAUCGCUCGUCUUCCCAGCGGGGAGUGGCUGGCUGCUACUGAUCCUCGCAAGCCUGCUGGACGCGGCCAAGCCUAUUAGAUAACGCAGCCUUCUCGAAGAACAGUCUUUGGCUUGUGAAGUCCAUAGUUGAGUCCAUAGUUCAAAGGCUAUUCCCGUCCAUUGGAUUUCCAAAUAGUACCAGCCUGCUUUGCUACUGAAUGGUCAUAAUGGCCCGAAUGUGCCAAAUGAAAGACGC